AUGUGCAUUCCGGCCAUGCGUCCCGACUUGGCGAUUGCGGUUGGUGCCCAGGUGAGGAUGGGUCCAGGAAAUGAGGAUGCUUUAGACCUGUGGCAGCAUGGAAUCCGGUGCAAUGGAGAGAUUACAUUAUUGGUUUCGGCCGACAAUCCAUGCCGAUCAUGUCAAUGCUCGGGUGCAACCCCCUCCCACCCUGCGCCAUACCUGCCCACCCCCCUCAGGGCCCUCCAUCAGGAGGGUGGCGGUCUGGGCCCCCUGGAGCGUGAAUUGGAUGCCGCCAUCCUCAGAGAGGACUACGAACAGGCCGCAGUCCUCAGGGAUAAGCUGCGGGAGCAGCGGGAAGGGAACCUGAGCGGCGUCCUGCAAGCCAACGCAGCCUUCUACAAGGCGUUUGGAGACGCCGACCUGCCGGCGAUGGAGGCGGUGUGGGGCAAGUCGGAGAGCGUGCAGGUCAUCCACCCCGUGGCCGGCUGCAUCGCGGGCAGGGACCAGGUCCUGUCCAGCUGGCAGCUGAUUCUGGAGGGGGGAGCCCUGGACAUCACCAUCCACAACGUCAGGGCCGCUGCCACCGACACCAUUGGCUGGGUCACCUGCCUGGAGGCUACCAAGGCAGGGUCUCGCACGGGACGUGUGCUCGCCACCAACAUCUUCCAGAGGGAAGGCAGCGGCUGGAAGCUUGUGCACCACCAUGGCAGCAUCAUCUGA